AUGGAUACCUCUCUAUAUGCAGGGAAUGGAGACUUGUGUGUCAUCAACCCGGAUUUCGCGCCGUUGGUUCCGAAGCUGAAGGAAGCUUUUGAGCAACUAUGGACUCCCAACGACGUCGAACAGUUGCGCAAAAACUUUGAAGGUUCCCGAGCUAAUAUGCCGUUUGUACCAACACACGGCUAUGAGAUAUCUCACCGAAUGAUUCCAGUGUCGGAUUCCAGUGAGAUCAAUAUUCGUAUUUACACCCCGACGAACUCUUCAGUGACCAAGUGCGUCGUCAAGCCACUUUUGUUCAUUGCACAUGGAGGAGGUUGGGUGGUUGGAGGUCACGAAUCUGAGGGCGCCCUCAGCAGACUGAUUUGCGUGAGAAACCAGGUCGUCGUGACCAGCGUCGAAUAUCGUCGGGCCCCGGAGCACCCUUUUCCCACCCCGUUGAAUGACGUAUUCGACGCGUACAAAUGGACGCUCGCGCAUGCGACAGAACUCGAGAUUGACCCUGCCCGUGUGAUCUUGGCGGGCACCAGCGCAGGUGGAAGCCUGAUUGCCGGACUAUCACUACUUCUCAAAAGAGAACAGGGCGGUCUAGACGGUAUCAUCGGACAGCUCCUCAACAUUCCUGCUGUUUGCCAUCCCAAGUACUUUCCCCACGAAAAGCACACUCUGGAGAGUUACCGGCAGAAUUACACGGCCCCUACCACAAAUUCAGCUCAUAUGCACUGGUACUGGGUUAUUCAGGUGGCAGGCAUGGAUCCACUCCGGGAUGAAGGCCUUGCCUAUGCAGCCGAGCUCAAAAAUGCCGGAGUUCCUGUUGAGGUCGCUGUCCACCCUGGCCUUCCCCAUGGCUUCGUCUUCGCCGUCGAUAAGGAAUUUACAGCACGAUAUUUCCACAAAAUGGUUUCCUGGGUUGGUACCAGGCUAAUGCAGAAGCUAUAG